AUGUUAAUGAGCCAAACUUUAAAUAGCACUCAAUCGAAAGAAACUUAAUUAUUAGAACUUUUUAUAAGUUGUAGACAAUUAGAUGAUCUUGAUUUAGUAACAGUUAGUGAUCCCUAUGUGAUACUCUAUAGAAAAAACAAUAACUUUUGUAUUAUUUCAUUUUAUCGUUUCAGGGAUUAAAAUAGAUUAGACGGAGGUAAUUUGGAACAACCUGAAUCCAAAUUUUGUAAAAACUUUUAAGAUUAAAUAUUUUUUUGAAGUUUAGUAACAUCUAAAAAUGGAAGUAUAUCAUUUUAUAAAUUCAACUCAAUCCAAAGUAUUAGAGUAAGCUAUUAUAGAUUAUUGGUAAAGCAGAAACAACCGUAGCUGAAAUAAUAGGGUCGAAAAAUUAAAUUUUUAUAGCUUAAUUAUUCAAUUUAUAAGGAAAGAAAAGUGGAAAGAUUAUCCUUAAGGCAGAUUAAAUAAAACAAUGCAAUGAUGAAUUUUCUAUUGCAGUAUCAGGGCAUAUUAGAAAAGAGAAUAAACUUUGGCUUUUUUGGGACAAAGUUUCUCCUUUUCUAAGAUUUUAUAGACAAAGAUAAGAGGAUGAAAUCAAUGUAUUGGUUUAUGAAACAGAGUAUCUUAAUGAUUUAACCUAAAUAAAAUGGAAGGAAAUUCUUUGUUAAGCAUAGAAAUUAUGUAACGGAAACUAUUCAAUGCAGAUAAAAGUUGAAUUAUGGAAUUAUAAAAUUUCUGGCAAUCACAAAUAUCUAGGGGAAACUACCUUUUGCAUUAAUGAAUUAAUUGAUUCAAACAAGGAUACUAAAAUAUUCUAAAAGGAAUUCAUAAAUAAGUGUAAUGCCAAUAAAUCUCCAGGGUUUUUACAAUUUGAUCGAUUUUAAUUAAAAUCUCAUUAUACCUUUUUUGAUUAUUGUGCUGGAGGAUAGCAAUUAAGUUUAAUUAUUGCUAUUGAUUUCACUGCAUCUAAUGAAGAUCCUUAAAAUCCUAAAUCACUUCAUCACCUCCCUUUGGAUGGUCCUCCUAGUCAAUACUUACAGGCAAUUACUAGUGUUGCUGAAAUAUUGAUUAAUUAUGAUCAUGAUAAAAAGGUUCCACUUUAUGGAUUUGGAUGCAAACCUAUAAUGUAAAAUUAUAACACUAAUCAAACACUGCAUCUCUUCCCUUUGAAUGAUAAUCCAGAUGAUCCUGAGUAAGAUAUUCAAAUUAUUUUAGAGUCAAUGGAUUAGAUGGAAUUAUUGAAUGCUAUAAAAAUUAAUUGCAUAAAUUGAAAUUUGAUGGCCCAACCUAUUUGCAUCCAGUUUUAAAUAAAGCAAUGUAAAUGGCAUAGCAACGAAAAAAUCAAGGAAGUGAAGAUUAUAUCGUACUAUUGAUUUUAACUGACGGACAAACAGAUGACAUGUUAGAGUCUAUUGAUGAUAUUAUUGCUUCAUCGUAUUUACCAUUAUCAAUCAUUAUUAUUGGUAUAGGAGAUGCCAAUUUUAAAAAUAUGAUGAUUUUAGAUAAUGAUAAUAAAACCAUGGUCGAUAGCAAAGGAAAUAAAGCUACCAGAGAUUUAGUUUAAUUCGUCCCUUUUAAUCAAUUCAAAAGCGAUCCAAGUCGAUUAUCAAAGGAAGUUUUAGAGGAAUUGCCGAACUAAUUAGUUGAAUAUAUGGAAUUGGUUGGUAUUCGUCCUAAACCUCCAAAAAGUAAAUUGAAUAAUGGUCUAAGUAAUCAAUCUAUUUAAUGUAGGUGUUGAUUACUCAUCUUCAAAACCAACCCAAGGGAAAUUCGAAAGUUUACAAAAAUAGAGUUGUAGUUUAGACUUUUAAUAGAAUAAGUUGAAUUCUUAGGAGUUGUUUUCAGUUUAGUAAGCCUAUGAAACUUUAUUUAAUCUGGCUACAACUUCAAUAGAAUUCAAAUAAGAAUAUUUAAAUAAUCCAAUAAAAUACAAUAAUUAGAUAUAGAAGUUAGAACAAUGA